GGAAUCGCGGGAAUGAACAAGAAUGGCCGAAACUUUGUUUACACGUGUCAGAAUUAGUCUGUUUGUUGCAAUAAUAUUUCGUCACAAUUAAACGAAAUAAGUAAUAUAUCAACAAUUGAAAGCUGUUUGGAAUUAUUUAUGGAUAGUUGACAGUUUGAUGAUGUUUUUAAUCAUUUUUUGUUGGAACUUCAAGUUGGAACUUUAAGCAAAAGUUGUGUAAUUACUUCAGAGGAUUAUUUUAUUAACUUGGUUCCAGUAUUUUUUUUCCUUGUGCAAAUUUAAUUUAAGAUGGAGAUAACAGUACGAACACCGCAAAGUAAAAGACGAAAGUACGGUAUUAUAAGAAAAGACGAAUCUGAUGAAAAUUAUCCCUGUGAUUUACAGUUUUAUAAGGAGCCACCAAGUGGAAAUAUUUCUCUUGUCGAAUUUCAGGAAUUAGGAUUAGAAAGAUUAAAAGUUUUACAGUUACUGGACUCAGUCUCCAUUCAGGAAAAUAAAUCACAAGAUGAUUUUAAAAAACAACUGGAAAAUGCUUUAAGAAAAGAUCAUAUUAUGUAUCAAAAAUUAUUAACAAGCACCGGGAAAACGUGUUCAGUUGAAGCAAGAAGACAUGAUCAUAUUUCUCAUUUUAUUCUCAGACUAGCCUAUUGUCAAACGGACGAUUUGCGAAAUUGGUUUAUAUCCAAAGAAGUGGAAUUUUUUAAAUUAAGAUUCACUAAUCUAGCUCAAGAUAGCGUUAAAUUUAUUUUGUCCACAAAUAAUUUCGAUUUUUCCCUGGUUCCCGAGGAAGAAAAGAAUGAAUUAAGAGACAAGUUGUAUUCGAUAAAAGAAGCUGAUAGUUCUUUAGAUUAUUAUAAAUUGCCAUUUGAGAAAGUUACCGAUUUGGUUAAGGACAGAAGAGUUUUUAUUAAAAAAGGCAUGGCUUAUGUGCCGCAUCAUGAUUUGAUAUCCGUAAUUGUAUCUAUCUACAAGGAACAUUUAAAUAAAAUGAUGGAUAUCGCAAAGGAUUAUUUGGAAAAUAUAUCAACGGAUGAAAGACUCACUGGUUUUUUGAAACAUCUUCCACAAUCCUUUUCCGGAAUGACAAAAGCUGUUUGGUCGACGGAAACUACGCCUAUUGGAAUGUUGGACGAGUUAUCAAAAAUAUCGUAUCCACUUUGCAUGAGAACACUUCAUGAGACUGUAAGAAGAGAUCAUCAUGUGAAACACGGAGGUCGUCAACAGUACGGGCUGUUUAUGAAAGGCAUCGGAGUGAGUCUAGAAGAUGCCCUAAUUUUUUGGAAACAGGAAUUUUGUCAAAAAAUGGAUGAGGAUAAAUUCAAUAAACAAUAUCGUUACAAUAUUAGGCAUAUGUAUGGUAAGGAGGGAAAGCAAACAAGUUACACUCCAUACGGAUGCACAAAAAUCAUCACCGAAAUGGUUGGUCCCGGCGAAUUUCACGGAUGUCCCUAUAAACAAAUGCCAAAAGACAUCUUAAAAGCAAAAUUAUGUUCAUAUGGACUACGCUCUGAAAAUGUAACGGAAAUCGCAGAUCUGGCGACAGGUGGACAUUACAAUUUAGCUUGUCAAAUGUGCUUCGAUGUGACGCAUAAACGUCCACCGGGAAGACCGAUUGUUCAUCCGAAUGUCUAUUAUGCAGAGAGUCGUGAAAUACUCACUAAAGGAUCAAAUGAAUCGAGCCAAAAAGACGGAGAUAAAUUGUCACAAAAUGUGAGGGCGAAAGUGGAAACUCCUACGAGAAAAACAGAAGCACCAAGAACUGUAGUGAAAAAAGAGAAGAAAGAGAUUGACCCCGAACUCAUGGAGUUUACCAAUGAGGACUUUAGUGAUGUGUUCUAAACAUUAAAUUCGUAAAUAUAAUUUUAACACACUAACUUAAAAUAUUUAGAUUCAAUUUAACAUUGUUCAUUUGUAAAUUUCAUUUGUUUUUUACUCUAAUUUAACGAUUACUAGGAAACUCCGAAAAAAACCACUAUAAUUGUUUAUCAAAAUUUUAUUAAAAAAUGAAAAUUAUCAAUUAUCAA